AACGCUCAGAAUAAUCCUCUUCCUUGCUGGUGGCACCGUGGAAGUUCCCGCAAGGCACAGCACAGAGGCAGAGAGGUUGAGAAUGGCCGCACUGCGUUAUCUCCACGCCCAUUGCGUCAUAUCGCCUAAUCCUUCCUGUAAUCGCUGUAGCUGCAGCUAUCUCAACCGGGGGAUUGGAAAUUUCAUCCAAUGCUCGGCUUCUGCUUCUCCUCCACCCAACCGCGGUUUUGAUCCAAAACCAAGAAAGCCUGUCAAGAGGAAGAUAAAGAAAUCUUCCCCUUCGCCAUCUUCCACUGUAUCCAACCAGGCGCUUGGCUUGGAUUUGGCUACUAGCGGAGACAGGAAGUUCGCGUCUUCUGACGAUCUUGAGUUUGAGCAGCGUCUCCAAACAAUUAGAAGGUCGGUUCUUGAGCAGAAAAAGACAGUAGUUGAAGAAAAUGGAGCAAUUGAUUAUGAUGCUCCGACCGAAACAAAAGACAGUUCAAGCGGACUGGGGGUUAAGGUUGGAGUUGGAGUUGCGGCUCUUGCAUUUGGUUUGGUAUUUGCUUUUGGAGAUCUUGUCCCUUCUGAAAGUGUUAACCCUACAGAGGAAGAUGCUAAAUUGGGUAAUAACAUUUCAAGGGAAGAGAGAACUAACCUUGAGGAGAGGCUUAAGGAGUUUGAAGGCACACUUAGCACAGCACCUGAAGAUACAGCUGCUCUUGAAGGAACUGCUGUGACCUUAGCAGAGAUGGGAGAAUAUAAGAAAGCUGCUCAGUUGCUUGAAAAGCUAACUGAGAAGAAACAACAAGAUCCUGAUGUUUUUCGCUUGCUUGGUGAAGUCAGAUAUGAGAACAAAGAUUAUGAAGGGAGUGUUGUAGCUUACAGAAGUGCUGAAAAGGCAUCAGAAAGUGUUAAUUUUGAAGUCCUUCAAGGUCUCACAAAUUCAUUGCUGGCGGCAAAAAAACCUGAUGAGGCCAUUCAGGUACUCAUGGCAUCUCGUGAACGGUUGAAUAACGAAAAAUCUAGCAGUACAUCACAAAUGAGGUCUGGUGUAGAUCCACUUCAAAUUGACUUACUUCUUGGAAAGACCUAUUCGGAUUGUGGCCGUAUCACUGAUGCACUAGCUAUUUAUGACCAAAUUAUCUCCAGCCACCCUGUUGAUUUCAGGGGUUACUUAGCAAAGGGAAUCAUCUUAAAGGAGAUUGGAAGUAAAGGUGAUGCUGAGAGAAUGUUUAUACAGGCACGUUUCUUUGCACCUGAUAACGCUAAGGUGCUUGUUGACAAAUAUUCGGGAUGAUAUGAUCAUGUGUACAUAGGGUGCCAAGAAUUCGGAAGUUUGAUUGAUGUGGAAUAAUUGUCCUAUAUUUUGGAAUCCAAGCGAAGUCACAGAUGCAUCGUCAGGGUUAUUGUGAGGUUGCAGAGGGUUAUUGUGAGGUUGCAGAUUACUAAGUAGUUAGAGGAUCUGUCAUAGUGUGUGUUCUUUGUUCUCUGAACUUCUUAAAGUUGUGAACAGCAUAAUUGUUUGUUUAACUUGUAUUCAAUAAUAGUAUAUAUUAUUGGUUGCCAUUUUUAAAUGCAUAGAGAUGGAUUGAAUGUUAUUUGGCACCACA